AUGGUGCGCAAAAAAGGUGGUAGUCACAGGUCAGAGGGUCGCAACCGGACCCGCGAGGACUACCUUCUGCAUCCCCCUGAAUCUAUCAUAGCCGAUCCGCCGCCGCCAUCCUCGCCAGGUCAUGAGAGUGAUGAGGAUUCACACGCAGAAGCGACCGUCGCAGCAACGGCGGGGAAGUUGGAGGAAGACGAGCUCAAGUUUGUCCUGUAUCAACGUGCGGUGCAGUCCCCGCGCGGCGACAUCAGCUAUCUGCUCAAGUUCUUUCUCAACUACGUAGGCGGCCGCGUCCCCCAGCACCUGCACGAGGACUUCUGCGGCACCGCACUCAUAUGUGCCGAGUGGCUACGAGGAGAUCCCCGUCGCACUGCCCUCGGUCUAGACUUUGACGAGCAGGCCCUUUCCUGGGGCAUUCGGGAAAACUUUUCCAGCCUGCCCGGCUCGGCCCGCGGACGAGCAUGCAUGCUGCUUGGGGACGUGCGUGAUCCGCUCACAUCUGCCCGAUUUGCGUGCCCGGACGUUUUAGACGAGCCAGAAUGCGAGAACAAACAGUCAAGUGCAACCAGGGAGGUACAAGAUUCAGGGGAGGGUGAUGUUGCUGCUGCUGCUACCACUGCUGUAGGCCCCGUAUGGCCGCAAUUGGAAAGGCUGCGGCAGCAACGGGCAGACCUGAUCUGUGCGUUCAACUUCAGCUCCUGCUGCCUCCUGCAUCGCUCAGAGCUUCUGGCCUACUUUAAGAGCGCUCGCACUAGGCUUGCAGGCGCCGGCGGUGGGAGUGCUGGGGAGGGUGUGGCAGAGAGUGGGGCUGGCAGUGGUGGUGGAGGAGGGGGAGGGGGAGGAGGGGUGUUUGCAAUGGAUCUGUAUGGAGGCACGUCUUCUGAGGGGGCAUUGAAGCUGCACCGCAGAUAUGGGGACAUGGAUUACACAUGGGAGCAAGAGCGCUUUGAUGCUGUGACUCGCACCACCCGCAUAUCCCUGCACUUCCGCGUGCCACAUGACUGGGCGCCUGCCUCGUCCUCCGCCCAUGCAGCAGACUCCACAGCACGCAGAGGUGGCAGGAAGCGGCAGCAGCCCAAGCGCGUGUUGCGCAGUGCAUUCAGCUACAGCUGGCGCCUGUAA